AUGCCUUUGCGUGACACCACCAAUUUUGCGCCGGACAUGGGGGUGUCACGCGUGGUGCAUUCGAUUGCCAUUCAGGCUUGGCGAUGGCGCCGUGAUGCCGUGAUUUGCCAGAAAAAGAUCCGCGCUUCCCUGCCGGGAACGGCGCGCUUUGUGGCGCAUCCUCCGAAGUGCAGCCGGGCGGCGUGCCCGGUUGUGGAACGAAGCGGACCGCGAACCAUGGUCCUGAAAGAAGGAAACAUGGAAGGAGACGAGGCCCGAUAUCUGGCCUCCUACAAUCACAGUUUCAAAGGCCUGAUUCAGAGCAAGCCACAAAGGCCUGGCUUUGAGCAUGGAGGUAACUUGCGGAGGUCCCUGGAUUUCACCUGGCCGGUGGUGACAUGCUUCAUCUUGACGAUGGCGGCAUUUUUGCUGCCGCGCGUGCUGUCGAUCCUCUGCAUUCUGGGGGUGAUUUACAUCCUCUUCAGAUUGAAGUGUGUCCUGGGCGUGCUCUUGCUGAGCGUGUUGGUUGGAAAGAUUCACAAAAAUCAUCACGAGCGCGCUGUGGUCUAUUGGACUUGGUUUCCAUGCUGGAAGUUUCUCUUCUGUCUGCUGGCGUCCACCAUGGGUGGCUUCAUGGGACAUCAUCUCUGGAAGAAUUACUGGCAGCAGUACUCAGAGAUUUCUCUGCUGAAGGCCUAUCGCGGCAUUGAUCCGGCCGUGGUUCCAGGGGCUCAGAUUCAAGACGCUGGAGCGGUGGAUUUUGCCUCCACGGCUGGCAUUGAUUCGGAACACGCUGGAUGCUUCAUGAACGCUGGACGCACCUACUGCAUUGCUCCCAUAGUGACCAAUGGCACCAUGCUGCAAAACGUGGGUGGUGCGCCAAGAUAUGGAAGCUAUGACUAUUUUGCAGUGGGCGUCGAUUGCUGCAGCUGUCCGGACAUCAACUUCCGCUGCGGCGCGUGGCGACAUCCCUGGGCCGAGGGCGGCAUCCGGUCCACGGACCUGGAAGCCAGGCCCUUCUACAGGCUCGCAGUGGAGGCAUGGGCAAGCACCUAUCGCAAGACCUCGAAUCAUCCUUUGUUCUUCGAGUGGGUCGAUUCGCCUGUUGCACACUGGAAGAGCCUGCGGCAGAACUUCUGGAAAUUCGUAGCCUGGUCGCUGCUUUUGUGGAGCCUCACGACCUUUUCCUUGGGCUUCACCCUAGCGCGGCUGCAGCAGUGUUCUCAAGUUGAUCCCUACGGCCCUACGGCUGCUUAUCGCGCCGCCGUGUCUCGGCAUGCCAUGCCAUCCCCUGUGGGUAUCCUGGUAACUGCCUACUUACUGCGGCUGGGAUCGUGCAGCCUUAGCAUUCGACCAUUGGCCAGCAACGAGGACCAGCAGAUCCUCAGGUUAAGACAACAGGUGAAGCAACAGAAGCACCGCCUGCAUGAGCUUCAACAGAGCCUCGGGCGCCGUGCGUCGCGCGCGUCCGGUGGCGCCUCGAAGAAGUCGCCGGAGCCGUUGAAUCCGAUGGCGCCGGUGCAUGCGCUGAGCUCAGAGGGACGCUUCAGUGAAGCCAAGGUCUCCCUAGCUGCGGCUCAAGUAUCUCGAGAUGCCAUGAUGACCCAGGUGGACCAAAUGCGGUGGCAGAUGGGUUUGCAGCUGAACUGCAGCGCGGCCGACUGGUUGAACUCCACCGCAGACUCCUUCUUCAGCCGGUGGUCAAAAGACGGUCGAAAACUCUGGCAACUUCUCGCCGUUCUCUUGGCCGCGGCUGCCACAUUGGCUCUUGGCGGUCUUGGCUUCAAGUUUUCCCUUCGGACUGUGCCGCGACCUGCGAGCACCGCGGGGACCGCGGCCGCGGAGAACGAGAUCGAGAUGACGGGGGUGAAAUCGGAAGGAGGCGAUGGCAUGUGGCGCUUACAGCCCCACUGGCAGGACCGAAGUUCAGGAAGUUCAGAGUCUUCAUCCUUUGAGUCCAAGGUGCCUCCGCGUUCCGUCUCCGGGAGCAACGCUUCCGACGACGACACCGCGGCGGAAAAGGCUUCGAUGCUGGCGGAAGGGCUGGCUGAGCCUGGCACAGUGGAGGAACCUGAGGAGCUUGAACAGCCAGUGUUCCUCCCCACGCCCAGCCCGAGCCCCACGUUGGCGCCGGCGCUUCCCCAGGUGACAGGCAGCCCCGUGGUAUGGUUCGCAGGGCCGGAGGGUCCUCGGCGCGUGUUGACAGAGGCCGAGUUGCUGGUGGAGCCUAGUGAGCCAAAGGACGAGAUGUUGAGUUUGGUUCACCUCAUUGAGGAGGAGAAACCCAUUGAUGAAAUGUGGACCGCCACUUCUUGGCCUUGGGGGUUCUCCAAGCUUCGCGGCUCACGCUGGGCGGAUGAAGUGCUGGCCGAUGAGGAGGGAGGUCAAUACGACCUGACAGAGUCGAGUCCUGCUCGCCCCAGUAGCUGGCCGCUCAAAGAGAAACCUUCCCGUUCCCAGCAACGCCGCCGCCAGCGGAAGAAUUCCAAGGCAAAAACCGCCGGCGCCAAAGCCGCCGCAUCUCCCACUCCCGCGCCGGCGAUGGUGCUGCAGUUGGAGCAGCUGUUGAUGUUACCUCCCAGGGAAGCCACGAUGCCUGGCUUCAUCCCCAGUGUGGCACCACCCAGUGCACCUCCGGUGUUCCACGGUGAAGCUGUGGGGGUUGGACAGAGCCCACGGCCGCCGGAGCCACCGGAGCCACCGGAGCCACCGGAGCCACCGGAGCCCAAACGGGCGCUGGUUGUACAUGGCUGGGCUUGUCCCAGCAGCACCCCUCCUCCACCGGCGGGCUUCGAGAGCGCCUGGCAGAGUUUCCUUCCAGAGAUGAUGGAGAGCUACAAGGAGUCCCUUCCGCAGCGUGCGGGCUCCACAGCUGAGACACCUGACAGCCUCUACGGGGCGGUGGAUACAUCCUCCAGCUCCGCAUGA